CGAGCCCGCCGCCGUCUCCAUUUUGUAGGCAGAGGCCGGAGGGGUCGGGUCGAGGUGCAGGCCGUCCUCAGCUAGCUUGUUGGUGCUCGCGGCCGCCCUCCAUCCGUGCCUCGUGUCCCCUGGAAAGGGAGGGGGGGCCUCGACAUCGGAAGGCAGCCGCUGCCGCCGCGGGAGCUCGAAGUCGCCAGGACUUCCCCUCGAGCUUGUGUGCUGAGGAGACUCAGAUGUUGGCCUCAGCUCUUAGGCUGAACUCGGCAGAUUGGCCCAUGAAAACUUCUGUUUUGAGACAAAGGAAAGGAUCCGGGAGAAAGCAACACCUAUUAUCCUGGGCUUGGCUGCAAAGAAGAGUACAGGUGGAAAUCCAGCAAUCUGAAAAGCGGACUGGAAGGUGACACAGAAGCUGAAGAUGGGUGGUGGAGAAAGGUUUAACAUUCCAGACCCUCAAUCUAGAAAUGUUAGUAAGAACCAACCACAGCUCAAUAGACAGAAGACCAAGGAUCAGAAUUCCCAGAUGAAGACUGUUCAUACGAAAAAAGAAAGAGGACAUGGUUAUAACUCACCAACAGCUGCAUGGCAAGCCAUGCAAAAUGGGGGGAAGACUAAAAACUUCCCAAAUAAUCCAAAUUGGAAUGCCUCGAGUCCUAGUGUGCUUUUUAAAUCUCAAGCUAAUCAGAACUAUGCUGGAGCCAAAUUCAGUGAGCCGCCAUCUCCAAGUGUUCUUCCUAAGCCACCCAGCCACUGGGUUCCUGUGUCAUUGAAUCCUUCAGAUAAGGAAACAAUGACCUUUCAAUUGAAAACCUUACUUAAAGUACAGGUAUAAGAUUAGGUACUAAUGUUUAAUUUUAGUCACAGUUACAAAUGGUGCUUGACCGGUCUCAGAUUUCAUUAGAGAAUGAAUCUAUUUGUGCAAAACUGCCAAUAAUGUAAAAAUACAGACUAUAUCAUGUUUUUAGUGCUGUGUUCACUGUGUAAUAGUACCAGUGCAACUUCAAACAACUAAAUGAUUGUACUUGAGAGUGUUCUCAAAUGAGUAACUUGAGACCACUGAAGGUUAGAUUUGGGAGGAAUGUUAAAGGAAUCUUUUCUGUUGGGAGAGAGCAAUUUAAGGUUUGUAGGUCAGAUUUACUUGUAAAGAUGUACAAAGAUUGAAAACAAGGCUGACAUUUGAAAGUUUAAUGUCCUAGGAACACCUAAACCAUUAACAUGUGAAUAGCUUAAUGCACUGCCAGAAGAAAAUGUGAAUUUUCCUUAACAGUAACAGCAUUUUACUGAGUUGUACAGUAGCAAACGUGUAACAACUGGUGCUUGGGGGCUUAUUAGAAUGAGGCAGAGUAGACCCCAGUGGUCUGAUUUCUUAAAUGUAGAUAGCUAUCUGCCAACAGAUGCACCAGAACUUUUUCACAGAAAUAGUAUUAAAGGUCACUCAAUAGCUUUUUAAUUGUUGCCAGUCCUGGGGCUUGAACUCAGGGAAUGGGUGCUGUCCCUGAGCUUUUUUGCUCAAGGCUAGUGCUCUAUCACUGGAGCCAUAGCUCCACUUGUGGCU